AUGGCUUCGUUGGCGAUGGUGCAAGGUGGUGGUGUGGAUGAACGUUGCGUUCAGAAAAGCUAUUGGAUGGAACACACGACAGAGUUGUCUGUAGAAUCAAUGAUGUUGGAUUCAAACGCCUCUCAUCUCGACAAGGAAGAGAGACCCGAAGUUUUGUCCUUACUACCUGCAUGUGAAGGAAAAUCAGUUGUAGAACUUGGAGCAGGUAUUGGAAGAUUCACAGGUGAAUUGGCCAAGAAAGCUGGCCGGUUACUUGCUGUGGAUUUCAUUGAGAGUGCUAUAAAGAAGAAUGAAAGCAUUAAUGGGCACCACAACAAUGUCAAGUUCUUGUGUGCUGAUGUCACAUCUCCAAACUUGCAUAUUUCUGAAGGAUCAGUUGAUCUGAUUUUCUCAAAUUGGUUGCUCAUGUAUCUUUCAGAUGAAGAGGUUGAGAAAUUAGCUGGAAGAAUGAUCAAAUGGUUAAAAGUAGGUGGUUAUGUCUUCUUCAGAGAAUCAUGUUUCCAUCAAUCUGGAGAUUCCAAGAGAAAAUACAACCCAACUCACUAUAGGGAACCUAGAUUUUACACUAAGGUGUAUAAAGAGUGCCAUAUGAGUGAUGAUAUGAGCAAUUCCUUUGAACUUUCCCUUGUUGGGUGUAAAUGCAUUGGAGCUUAUGUCCGAAACAAGAAGAAUCAAAACCAGAUUUGCUGGAUAUGGCAAAAAGUGAGAUCACAAGAUGAUAGGGGGUUCCAGCGGUUCUUGGACAGUGUUGUGUAUAAUCGCAAUGAUAUUUUACUCUAUGAGAGUGUUUUUGGCCAAGGUUUUGUGAGCACAGGAGGCCUUGAAACAACAAGGGAAUUUGUGGCAAAGUUGGGACUAAAACCAGGUCAGAAAGUUCUGGAUGUUGGUUGUGGUACUGGGGGAGGUGACAUUUACAUGGCUGAAAAUUUUGAUGUUGAGGUGGUUGGCAUUGACCUCUCCAUAAACAUGAUUUCUCUUGCCAUUGAACGUGCAAUUGGACUCAAAUGCUCAGUAGAAUUUGAAUGUGCCGAUUGCACUAAAAAAUCAUACCCUGAGAAUACAUUUGAUGUAAUCUAUUCCCGUGACACAUUGUUACACAUCAAAGAUAAACCAUCACUAUUUAGAUCAUUUUACAAAUGGUUGAAGCCUGGAGGUACACUUCUAAUCACUGAUUACUGCAAAAGUGUAGGAAGUCUAUCAUUAGGAUAUGCUAACUACAUACAAAAAGGAGGAUAUAAUAUCCAUGAGAUGAAAACAUAUUGUCAGAUGCUCGAGAAUGCUGGAUUUAAUGAUGUCAUUGCCGAGGAUCGAUCUAAUUUGUUCAUGAAAACACUGCAACAGGAGUUAAAUGCCCUUGAGAGCAACAAGAAUGAUUUCAUUGAUGACUUUUCGGAGGAAGACUUCAAUGAAAUUAGUGAAAGAUGGAAGGCCACGCAGAUGAGGGGUGCAGAUGGUGAACAAAUAUGGGGCUUGUUCAUUGCCAAGAAAAAAUGA